CCCUUCAGUAGUGGCGAGACGACAGAGGAGCAAAGACCGAAAACUGAGCGGAUUCUCGGGAUUUUAAGCAAAAUCGAGAACUUUUCUCACACAAUGGCGACCGAAGUGGUAGAUGACCAGGAGAUGAGGGAUGCCCUCAAGGAGUAUCUGGAUUUCCUGGACGACGAUCAACGACAGGGGAUCUAUCAGAGCAAAGUCCGGGACAUGAUCAGCGAGAACAAAGCGAGACUGAUCGUGAACAUCAACGACCUGAGGAGACGAAACGCGGAUCGAGCCUCAAAGCUCAUGAGCAACGCCUUCGAGGAGCUGCUGGCGUUCCAGCGCGCCCUGAGGGACAUGGUGGCGUCGGUGGACGGAACCUACGCCAAGCAGUACGAGGAGUUCUUCGUGGGGCUGGAGGGAAGCUUCGGCGCCAAGCACGUGUCCCCGCGCACGCUGACGGCGCGGCUGCUGGGCAGCAUGGUCUGCGUGGAAGGAAUCGUCACCAAGUGUUCUCUGGUGCGACCCAAAGUCGUCCGCAGCGUCCACUACUGUCCGGCCACCAAGAAGGUGAUGGAGAGGAAAUACACGGACAUGACGUCCCUGGACGCCUUCCCCUCCAGCGCCAUCUACCCCACCAAGGACGAGGAGAACAACCCCCUGGAGACGGAGUUCGGCCUGUCGGUCUACAAGGACCACCAGACCAUCACGGUGCAGGAGAUGCCGGAGAAAGCCCCGGCCGGCCAGCUGCCCCGAUCGCUGGACAUUAUCCUGGACAACGACCUGGUGGACCUGAUCAAGCCGGGGGACCGGGUGCAGGUGGUGGGGACGUACCGCUGCCUGCCCGGGAAGAAGGGAGGCUUCACCUCCGGGACCUUCAGGACCAUCAUGAUUGCGUGUCACGUCAAGCAGAUGAACAAGGAGGUUUCUCCCACUCUCUCCACCAACGACGCCGCCAAGAUCAGGAACUUCAGCCAGACGCGCUCCGUCAACGUGUUCGACCAGCUGGCCCGCUCCCUGGCCCCGAGCAUCCACGGACACGACUACAUCAAGAAGGCCAUCCUGUGCAUGCUGCUGGGGGGGGUGGAGAAGGUGCUGGAGAACGGAUCCCGCAUCCGCGGGGACAUCAACAUCCUGCUCAUCGGCGACCCGUCGGUGGCCAAGUCCCAGCUGCUGCGCUACGUGCUGCACACGGCGCCGCGGGCCAUCCCCACCACCGGCCGCGGGUCGUCCGGCGUGGGCCUGACGGCGGCCGUCACCACCGACCAGGAGACCGGCGAGCGGCGUCUGGAGGCCGGGGCCAUGGUGCUGGCCGACCGCGGCGUCGUCUGCAUCGACGAGUUCGACAAGAUGUCGGACAUGGACCGCACGGCCAUCCACGAGGUGAUGGAGCAGGGACGGGUCACCAUCGCCAAGGCCGGGAUCCACGCCCGGCUCAACGCACGCUGCUCCGUGCUGGCGGCCGCCAACCCCGUCUACGGCCGGUACGACCAGUACAAGACCCCCAUGGAGAACAUCGGCCUGCAGGACUCGCUGCUCUCCCGCUUCGACCUGCUGUUCAUCAUGCUGGACCAGAUGGACCCGGAGCACGACCGCGAGAUCUCGGACCACGUGCUGCGGAUGCACCGGUACCGGAACCCCCGCGAGCAGGAGGGAGAAGCGAUGGCGUUUGGCGGUGCCGUGGAGGUUCUGGCCACCGAGGACCCGGACGCCGUGGUGCAGGAGGACGAGGAGCUGCAGAUCUACGAGAAACACAACAACCUGCUGCACGGGACACGCAGGAAGAAGGACAAGGUGCUGAGCAAGGAGUUCAUGAGGAAGUACAUCCACAUCGCCAAGGGCGUGACGCCCGUGCUGACGGAGGAGGCGGCCAAGCACAUCGCCGAGGAAUAUUCCAGCCUGCGCGGCCAGGAGCAGAUGGGGAGCGACAUCGCCAGGACGUCCCCGGUGACGGCCCGUACCCUGGAGACGCUGAUCCGUCUGUCCACGGCGCACGCCAAGGCCCGGAUCAGCAAGGAGGUGGAGCUGGAGGACACGGAGGUCGCCGUGGAGCUGGUGCAGUUCGCCUACUUCAAAAAGGUUCUUGAGAAGGAUAAGAAGCGAGCGAAACGCGACCGGGACUCGGGUUCGGAGGACGAGGAGGAGACGACGGCCUCGCAGCCGUCGCAGAGGACUCAGCCCAAGAGGGGGCGGCCCGGCUCUCAGACUCAGGGCAGCGAGCCCUACAGCCCGUACGACUUCAGCGAGUCCCAGGAGGUUCCCGACAUUCAAGCCGGAACCCCGAAACCAGCCAAGCCGCGAGAGGACGAGCCCAUGGACGCCAGCGCUGCCGCGGCGCCGGCUGCUGCUGACGCUGCGCUGUCGGCCGAGAGGCUGAAGGAGUUCAAGUCGUCGUUGUUCGCCGUGUUCCAGGCGGCUCACGCCCAGUCGGUGAAGAUGUCCACGCUGAUGGACGGCGUGAACAAGAGCUGCGAGAAGAUCUUCACGGAGCCGGAGGUCCGCGCCGCGCUGGCGCGCAUGCAGGACGAUAACCAGGUCAUGGUGGCCGACGACAUCGUCUUCCUCAUCUGAGGGAGUCGGGGAGUCGGGACUGUUCAGCGCCGGCUGGGAUUCACCGGGACGGGAGUCCGGACGCUCAGAGUUCAUGUUCCUACUCAUUUAUGUUUGUGACUGUUGAGUUCUCGGUUUCAUCUGCCUGGUUGCCACGGUAACGCUGAGAAGGAUGUGACCGGCGGGGCGGGCGGGGCCGCCUGCUUUGGUCUGGUCUCACUUUGUACAUAGUUAUAAGUUUGGAGAAAGUUGAGUGUUUAUUAAAAAAAUAAAUAAAAUCAUGUCCUUUGCU